GCCGUCAAUUUGUGUUGUAUUUUCUAGGAAUGUUGAUGGGUUUAUGAUUUCAUGUGCGACAGAUGGAGGUGAUCGAUUGUUCGUUAUUACUUCGACGUGGUGAUCCCUCUCCAUUGAAAUCCGAGUGUUUUCCUUCCAAUUUUUGUUUUGCUAGGGUCAAGGUGAGUCAACCGUGAAUGAUUUGAUGUGCGGGGAAAGGAAGCUCUUGGAUGUGAAUGCAGGAAAGCAAUAAUCGCUCUUUGAGAUAUAAUUGCAAAAGGAACAUGAUUUGUUUGGGAGCUAAGAAAAGUAGAGAGGAAAAGGAAGGAAAAAAAUUCAGUUGGGUACGGAUUUUACUUCCUGCAUUUCCCCCCAUGGUAGUGGCCGACAUAAGCUUUUGUUGUUCGGUGUUUCGAGCAUUUUCAGGACAAAAUAGUUUACUAUCUGACAUUGAUAGUAACAAGUCAAAAAGUCGGUACCCAACUGUGAACGUUAUCCUUAAAUUUUCAAAUGUUGGAGCCCUCCUUACUCAAAGAGAAAGGGACAUUCGUAUCUGUCAAAUUCUCUCUUCCACACUGCCUGGCUUUGGUAAGGCGUCCUAAAUAGCAUUAAAGUAAGAUAAAAGUGUAGUCCUCCUUUGUUUAUGCUUUAUAGUCAACUCUUUUAAUUGCCCCUUUGUACCACUUCGUUCCAAGCUGUCCUUCAGAUGUACCCUUCCUUCCAAAGAGAUGGCAACAUUCCUUUACUUAAAUCAUAUCUUGUAUGCACCCAUUAUAGCGUCAUGUUGAGCGUAUGGAUCUGACAAAUAAAUAAGGUUUACAAAGUUGCCACCCAUAUAUCGUAGAUCAUGUUGUGUCCAUC